AUGGCGUUGAGACUGACAUCGCUAAAACGCGCCGCGAUUGAAUCCCGCCGCAUUUUAGAAACCCGAAGCUUCAGCCACGUGGCGGCUAUGCCUUCGCCCUUGAGCAGCGUCAUCGAUCGACCCAUCGCAAUGCCGCCGCUGAUUUCACCUGAGUUCGAUCAGAAUCAACCGGGUUCGAUCGAUGGAAAGAGCUUCGGAUUCGGGAUGCCUAGUUUUGCUUUCAGCGGAUCCAUGGAGCUGAUGGCUGUGCCCAAGAAGAAGGUUUCUAAGUCCAGGAGAGGGAUAAGAAAUGGGCCAAAGGCUCUUAAGCCUACUCCUGUGAUCAUCCGUUGCAGGAGUUGCGGGAGAGUUAAGCUGCCACAUUUCUUCUGUUGCAGUGGUGACCGGAUGUGGCAGCAGAGAGCAUUACGUUAA